AUGGCGCCGCUCGUCGAUAACUCGCAGAUUCAGUCCGCUGAACUGCUGCGCCCGCUGCCUCUGGCCCAGCAUGCCUACAUUUGGCCGUUUGCCAUAAUAUGGCCCAUCUUUCUACGAUACUACCUCAGCGAGGAACUCUACAACAAACACAUUGGGGCGCCGGAAUGGACAUUUGUCUGGGUUGGCUCUAUCAUCACUGUCCAGGCGCUGACCUGGCUCUGCACACACUGGAGCGUUAACCUUGAUGCCACGUUCACCGCCCGGAAGGUCCGCACCAUCGAGGAUGCGAAACUGAUCAAGGUUGUCCCAAUUGCGAAUGCCGGCUCUGCUGAGAUUUGCAAGCUUGUUCGCGACAAGGUCGGAGGCAAGCCCAACCUCUCGUUCCUUUUCCAAAAGCGCCGUUUUCUCUACGAUCCUGAGACCAAGAAGUUCGGUACCCUUGCCUACGACAUCGAUGCUAGCCCUGCCCCAAAGCUUGAGAAGUUCCAGAAAUCCAGGGGUAUCACCAGCGCCUCCGAGUUGGAGCGCCUCGAGCAGCACUAUGGCACCAACACUUUCGACAUCCCAGUCCCAACUUUCACCGAGCUCUUCAAGGAACACGCGGUCGCCCCGUUCUUUGUGUUCCAGCUGUUUUGCGUGGGUCUCUGGCUGUUGGAUGAAUACUGGUACUACUCGCUCUUCACCCUGUUCAUGCUCGUCAUGUUCGAAAGCACCGUGGUCUGGCAGCGUCAGCGCACCCUUGUUGAAUUCCGAGGAAUGAGCAUCAAGCCUUACAACAUCUACGUCUAUCGCCUCGGCAAGUGGACUGAAAUCCAGAGCGACAAGCUUCUGCCUGGCGAUUUGGUCUCAGUCUCGCGCACCAAGGAGGACAGCGGUGUUGCCUGCGAUAUGAUCUUGGUCGAGGGUACUGCGAUUGUGAAUGAGGCCAUGCUCUCCGGUGAGAGUACUCCUCUUCUCAAGGAUUCAAUUCAACUUCGUCCCGGCGAGGCUGAAAUCGAUAUCGAGGGUCUCGACAAGAACUCUUUCCUCUGGGGAGGCACCAAGGUCUUGCAGAUUACCCAUGGCAACACUGAAGAGGAGAGGCCUAAGCUUGCUUCAGGCGUUCCCGCGCCUCCUGACAACGGAGCCAUGGCUAUUGUCACCAAGACUGGUUUCGAGACUUCCCAGGGAAGCUUGGUUCGUACCAUGAUUUACUCUACUGAACGCGUCUCGGCCAACAACGCCGAGGCUCUGUUCUUCAUCUUGUUCUUGCUUAUCUUUGCUCUUGCAGCCUCUUGGUAUGUCUGGGACGAGGGUGUCAAGAAGGACCGCAAGAGAUCUAAGCUUCUGUUGGACUGCAUUCUCAUCACCACAAGCGUCGUGCCCCCUGAGCUUCCCAUGGAACUCAGCUUGGCCGUCAACACCAGUUUGGCUGCUCUUGCCAAGUUCGCUAUCUUCUGCACUGAACCCUUCAGAAUUCCCUUCGCUGGCCGCAUCGAUGUGGCAUGCUUCGACAAGACUGGCACUCUCACAGGAGAAGACCUCGUGGUUGAGGGUAUCGCUGGUCUUGGCCUGGGCCACUCUGGCACUGACACCCCUAGGGAGACCGAUGGCGCCCAUAGCCAUAUGACCAAGGUCCACGAUGCUGGCCUCGAGACCACCCUCGUCCUUGCCACUGCGCAUGCUCUUGUCAAGCUUGACGAAGGGGAGGUUGUUGGAGACCCGAUGGAAAAGGCUACACUCAACGCUCUUGGUUGGUCCUUGGGCAAGAAUGAUACCUUGACUAGCAAACCUACCACUGUUGCGACUACCGGCAUUGCUGGCACCGUUCAGAUCAAGCGCCGUUUCCAGUUUUCUUCUGCUUUGAAGCGCCAGAGCGCUGUCGCCACCAUCCAUGCCACUGAGAACAAGGCCGACCAGAGACUAAAGGGUACUUUUGUCGCCGUCAAGGGCGCCCCCGAGACGAUCAUGAAGAUGCUGGUCACUGUGCCCAAGGACUACGAGGAAACGUACAAGUACUUCACUCGCCGUGGUUCCCGUGUCUUGGCGUUGGCUUACAAGCACUUAUCUGUGGAUAACGAGCUUGGUAUGAGCAGGAUCAACGACUUGAAGCGUGAGAAGGUGGAAUCGGAACUUACUUUUGCUGGUUUCUUGGUUCUUCAGUGCCCUCUCAAGGAUGAUGCCAAGGAGGCGGUUCGCAUGCUCAACGAGAGCAGCCACCGUGUCGUCAUGAUUACCGGAGAUAACCCGCUUACUGCUGUUCACGUCGCCAAGGAGGUGGAAAUCGUCGACCGGGAUGUUCUCAUCUUGGAUUCCCCUGAGCACAGCGUGCAUGGUGAGGAGAAGCUCGUCUGGCGCAGCGUCGACGACAAGGUUCAAAUUGAGGUUGACCCCACCAAGCCUAUCGACCCUCAGAUUAUCAAGACGAAGGAUCUCUGUGUUACCGGUUAUGCUCUGAACAAGUUCAAAGAUCAAGUUGGCUGGAAGACUCUGUUGCGCCACACGUGGGUGUACGCCCGUGUUUCGCCCAAGCAAAAGGAGGAUAUUCUCUUGGGUCUCAAGGAUAUGGGCUACUACACUCUGAUGGCUGGCGAUGGUACCAACGAUGUCGGUGCGCUCAAGCAAGCCCACAUCGGUGUUGCUCUUCUCAACGGCACUCAACAGGAUCUGACACGCAUUGCCGAACACGCACGCGACCAACGGAUGAAGGGCAUGUACCAGAAGCAGGUCGACCUGAUGAAGAGAUGGAACCAGCCUGCGCCCCCCGUUCCUGCCAUGAUCGCCCACUUGUACCCCCCUGGACCCAGCAACCCCCACUACGAGAAGGCCAUGGAGCGCGAGGCUGCCAAGAGAGGUGUCACAGUCGCCCAGCUCGCCAAGGCCAACGGCACCGACAUCGAGACUGUGACUUCUCCUGCCGCUCAGCUAGCUCUAUCUAACCAAGACCCGCGGAGAGCAUUACAGCAAUCUGAUGCUGUGGCCAAGGCCACCAACUUUGCCGACAAGCUUCAACAAUCCAUGAUGGACGCUGAGCUUGACGAUGAGCCCCCUUCGCUGAAGCUGGGCGAUGCCUCCGUCGCCGCCCCCUUCACUUCCAAGCUCCGUAACGUCAUUGCCAUUCCCAACAUUAUCCGCCAAGGUCGUUGCACCCUUGUUGCCACCAUUCAAAUGUACAAGAUUCUCGCUCUCAACUGCCUGAUUAGUGCGUACAGUUUGAGUGUUUUGUACCUCGAGGGUAUCAAGUUUGGCGACGGUCAGAUCACCAUCAGUGGUAUGCUCAUGAGCGUCUGCUUCUUGUCUAUCUCCCGCGCCAAAUCCGUUGAGGGUCUGUCCAAGGAGAGACCCCAGCCGAAUAUCUUUAAUUUCUACAUCAUCGGGUCCAUUCUUGGCCAGUUUGCUGUUCAUGUCGCGACACUUAUCUACAUUGCCCGGUUUUGCGAUAGGCUUGAGCCUCGCUCCGAAAUGGUCGAUCUCGAGGCCGAGUUCUCCCCCUCCCUUCUCAACUCGGCCGUCUACCUCCUUCAGCUCAUCCAGCAGAUCUCCACUUUUGCCGUCAACUACCAGGGCCGUCCCUUCCGCGAAUCGCUCUCGGAGAACCGGGGCAUGUUCUGGGGCAUUCUUGGCGUCACCGCCAUUGCAUUUUCCUGCUCCACCGAGUUUCUCCCUGAGCUUAACCAACAGAUGAAGCUCGUGCCCUUCACCGAGGAGUUCAAGACUACCAUGACAGCGGUGAUGGUGCUGGAUUAUGUUGCUUGCUAUGCUAUCGAAAUCGUUCUCAAGUUCUUGUUCUCGGACCUCAAGGCGAGGGACAUUGCCGAGAGGAGACCGGAGCAGCUUGAGAGGGAGAGGGCGAGGAAGGAGGAGGAACGCAAGAAGAAGGAAGAAGAGGAGGAUAGAAAGAGGGAGGAGCAGGUGAAGGAGUUUGAGAGGAAGCUGGAGGAGAAUAAGAGGAGGCUGGCGGAGGCAUGGGGGAGGAAUUAA